AUGGUGAACAUCCCUAAGACCCGCAAUACCUUCUGCCGGGGAAAGAAGUGCCGGAGGCACACCCCACACAAGGUAUCUCAAUACAAGAAGGGCAAGGACUCCCUUGUGGCUCAGGGAAAACGGAGAUACGACGCCAAACAAAAGGGGUUCGGUGGUCAGACGAAGCCCAUUUUUAGGAAGAAGGCGAAAACAACCAAGAAGAUCGUCCUCAAGCUCGAGUGCACGAAGUGCAAGGCGAAGCGCUUGCUUCCGAUUAAGCGCUGCAAGAGCUUCGAGUUGGGCGCAGAUAAGAAGACCAAGGGAGGCCCUCAGUUCUAA